AUGGCUGGAGGUGAAGAAAGUUUAUGCAGAAUCAGGGAAAAAAAUCUAAGGACAUUGGGGGGUUUCCAGAAGGUGGGGGUUUGGUAUUCCUUGUACACUUGGGAAUUUAACAUUUAUGGGAGCAGAGAUGAAGCGAAAAGGUCUCGACUGAGCUCAUUUGUAUAUAGUAAGGUCAGUCUUUAUAGGGACAAUGGGAUGUGGAAGAAAGCAAUGGACAUUGUCGAAGAGAAGAGAGAAAUGGGGAUGACAUUGGACAAACAGAUUUACAACAGCAUUAUUGAUACAUUUGGGAAAAAUGGUGAGCUUGAUGAGGCACAGGAAGUCUCUGGGAAAAUGAAACAAGAAGGUGUAGAGCCUGAUAUGACCUUUAGUUCGUUGAUACGGUGGCACUGUAAGUCUGGGUUGAUAAAGAUGGCCCUCGAGUUGUUUACUGAGAUGCAAGAACAAGGAUUAUAUCCUGAUCCCAAAGGGAAGUGGGAUAUGAUACAGAGGACGUUUGAGAAAAUGAGAAGCCGAGGGCAUAAAAAAAAAGUGGGACUAUUUUAUGCUGUUCUGGUUGACAUUUAUGGGCGUCGAUACGGAAAAUUUCAGGAUGCAGAAGAGUGUACAGUCAAAGUCUUUCAGCUUAUGGAAGUGGAGGGAAUCGAACCAAAUGUGAUAAUGUUGAAUGUCUUGAUUAAUGCAUUUGGUAUUGCUGGUAGACAUUUAGAAACUAUGUCCAUAUAUCACCAUAUAAAAGAAAGUGGUUUAAGCCCUGAUGUAGUUACUUAUACUACCCUUAUGAAGGCGUUUAUUCGCAAGUACGAUAAGGUUCCUGAGAUAUACAUGGAUAUGGAACGUGCUGGAUGCACACCUGAUAAGAAGGCUAGGCAGAUGUUAGAAGUCGCUUCAUUGGUCCUCCAACAGAGGAAUUGAAAGUGUUCAAACGGUUUGAAGAGAGUUGGUGAUCAAUUUGCUCAUGUACUACCGUACUGGUAUAUUGGAUACCACUGUUACAUAGUCCACUCCAUAUUAUUGUUCGCUAAGGUGAGCUUUCUUUCUUCUCUGCCUAUGAUGUUUUGAGCUUUAAUGGCAUGACCUUAUAUCUUAUUGAACCUGAUUGUAAUUAGAAACUGAUGUUCACAGGUUGUCUGACAUGGCUGUUGAAUCACUCU